CUUGCUGUGCGUUAAAUAUUGAAAAUAAAUUGAAUAAUAAAGCAAACUAAAAACAAAAUGUAUCAACGACAAGCUUCCUUCGAUAAGCCCACGCGCAUUGAGGACUCGGCGUAUAUAGCGGAGGGCGUGGACAUGCAGGAGGCGCGCAAUACUUGCCUGCUCUUCUCGCCCAAGGACUCGUCGCUGGCUAGUGGCGCCUUGGCCAAUACUUUGGCCAUCUUUAAGCAGCAUGACAUCAAUCUGGUGCACAUUGAAUCGCGCUCGUCGCUGCGUGUGCCUGGCUAUGAGUUCUUUGUGGAGUGCGACGGCAAGUCGGGAGCACUGGGACGCGCCAUUGAGGAUUUGAAGGCGCAGUGCAGCUAUUUCAACAUUAUUUCGCGUGAUUAUAAGGAUAAUGCCACUGCUGUGCCUUGGUUUCCACGGCGUAUACGUGAUCUGGAUCGCUUUGCCAAUCAGAUCUUGAGCUACGGCUCCGAGCUGGACUCUGAUCAUCCCGGCUUCACCGAUCCCGAGUAUCGCAAGCGUCGCAAGUACUUUGCCGACAUUGCCUACAACUAUAAGCACGGCGAGACGCUGCCGCAUGUGGAUUACACCAAGGAGGAGAUCGAAACCUGGGGCAUCAUCUUUCGCAAUCUGACCAAGCUCUACAAGACGCACGCCUGCCGUGAAUACAAUCACGUCUUUCCGCUGCUGGUGGAUAACUGCGGCUUCCGCGAGGACAACAUACCACAGCUGGAGGAUGUGUCCAACUUCCUAAGAGAUUGCACAGGCUUCACUUUGCGUCCUGUCGCCGGCUUGCUCAGCUCUCGCGACUUUCUCGCUGGCCUGGCCUUCAGAGUGUUCCACUCCACACAGUACAUUAGGCAUCCCAGCAAGCCCAUGUACACGCCCGAGCCAGAUGUCUGCCACGAGCUGUUGGGCCAUGUGCCGCUCUUUGCCGAUCCAGCGUUUGCGCAGUUCAGUCAGGAGAUUGGCUUGGCCUCGCUGGGCGCACCCGAUGACUACAUCGAGAAGUUAUCCACGAUCUUUUGGUUUACUGUGGAGUACGGUGUGUGCCGUCAGGAGGGCGAACUCAAAGCCUUUGGCGCCGGCCUGUUGAGCUCAUACGGUGAGCUGGAGUACUGCUUGACCGACAAGCCGCAGCUGAAGGACUUUGAGCCAGAGGUCACCGGUGUUACCAAAUAUCCCAUUACACAGUUCCAGCCGCUCUACUAUGUGGCCGACAGCUUUGAAAGCGCCAAGGAGAAGACCAUCAAAUUUGCCAACUCCAUACCACGCCCAUUUGGUGUGCGCUAUAAUGCGUAUACGCAGAGUGUGGAAGUGCUGGACUCGAAGCCGCAGAUUUCGAAUCUAAUGAACAACAUCAACUCAGAGUUUCAAAUACUGCAGAAUGCCAUUGUCAAGUUGCGUGUUUAAACGGACGUUUAUUUCAGUUAAAUGAAUUCAAUUUGCAGUAGCCUUAAGCGCAGCUCUUUUUAAUAUACCUAACUUACAAUAUAAAUAUAUAUCUAUGAUAUUUUGA